AUGUACAGUAAAUAUGUUGAAAAUUUAAUCAAAAAUACUGGUGUGAUUCCUUCAGGAGAUGUUGAUAAACUUCGCACAAAAUCUGUGACCUAUGCUGAAAUAAAAGAUAGAAUUUCUGAUUUUAGUAGUAGUAAUACUGUUAAAUUAAUAACAGAGUAUUCAGAAAGUGGAGUUGACCAAGUGACCGAGGAUAAAGCUCAGAUUAGAAAAACAGUAGCAGAAAAAACAAUAGAAACUGCUAAAAAAGGAAAGAUGAAAGGUUUAAAAGAUGCCUUUAAUACCAUCAAUGCUAAAACUAACAAGACUUACAAUGAAAAUAAAUAUCCAGAAUUAUAUCCUACUGUUACUACUGGUCCUAAUGCUUUUGAUAUAACUGCUUUACGAACAGUUUUAGAUAAUGAUGAAAAAGCAUUGAGAGAUAAAUUUGCUGAAGCUCAUUUAGAAACUUUGAAAUCUGCUUUAGAAAGUAUAGAAAAAAGAGGUUCAUUAGAUCAAAUUGAGAAAAACGAGUUAGAAGAAAUCAAAAGAUAUUUAGCAGGAACUCCAGUACCAACUGAGAAAAGAAUUCUUUCUAGUGAACUAAAAAGUGCAUUGAGAAUUGUAGAGUUUGAAUUAAAAGUGGAUAGUAAUCUUAAAAUCACCAUCAUUAAAGAGAAGGAAAAUUAUAAAGAUGGUGAACUAGUCUUAGAUAAGUCUAAAUAUCCCAAGGAUGAGGAAGGAAAGUUCAUUGCAGAAGCAAUUAAUUUGUUCUAUUAUGAAAAACUAGAAAGACAAAAUCAUGCUAAGAAGAAGUAUAAAAAGCCCUUUAAAGAUCAGCAACAAGAAGUGUUCUGA